CUAUACUUUAGUCAUAUACAGUUUUAUAAUAAUGUGCAUAAUCGGUGCAAAGCACACAUAUUUUCUACUUCAAGUAGAAACUUGAUUUAACAUCACUCCAAUAAAAGCAGAUGUGGCUACUUCUUAAUCUACGCAAGUAUUUGAAGUCAAAGUGGACUACUGAGAGGAGUGAAGAAUCAGCCAAUCAAAGAAUGCACUUGUUUUUAAGAAAUAUUUAUUCUCACAUGUAACAAGAAACUACGGGAUUUUCAGGGAUGGAGAAACGUAAGAUUCUAUUUGUAUUUUGGUAGGCAGACUCAGAAUGUUUUGAAGUUAAUGCAAACGUUUCUCCAAAUGAAAAUAUUUGGUUAUUGCCCGUAAUUAUCUGUGCCCAUUCCCACAUUGUACAAACUACAGUGUUUGUAACUAAGCAUUUAAAACGUUAUUUAAAAAAAAUGUUUUAGCAAGUUUGUUUUUUCCGUCACAAGAAUAACUUUAUUUACGACUCGAUGCGGAAACGAUAGUACUUCACAACUUUUACAGCGCGAGUAAGUAUGACGUGAAUCUGCCAUAUGUCCAAUCAAAAUGCAGUGUGAGGAGAUCUAACCCCGCCCCCUGGAUCUUGUGUUCUGCAGCGAGGAGUGCGAAUGCUCUGUCUGGUUGUGAUGAAGUCUCACUCUUCGCCGCUGGAUGGCACAUGAAUAACAAUUACUCCUCCUCCUCACUUCAUUGCGCAGUUUGGAUCAUGUUUAUCAAGCGCUCUUCUUUUCCCACGCACCACUUUGCGGAAUUUUGCCUGUUUCGGGGGAAAUCUUUAUAGCAGCUUCUGCAAGGAAGAGUUCACGUAAGGCUUCUCCAAACAACAUGAGGCUUAGAUUCCUCCAAGAGCUGGACAUCUAUGGUUCCUCUCUCCUCUCAUCCCAAGGCAGAGGGGCUCAUUCCUGUUUCUGAUCCCAGUAAUUCCCCCCUCCCCAAGUCUUUCCCUAAUUCAUGAGCCAGCAGGAUGCAUCAUCUGUGCGAGCCCUCUCUGAGCGUCUCCUCAUAGCCUCGCACAAGGGCCAAGCUGAUCAUGUGGUUCAGCUCAUCAACAAAGGGGCCAAGGUAGCCAUUACCAAGAACGGCAGAACCCCUCUGCAUUUGGCUGCCUAUAAGGGCCACAUUGCCGUUGUAAGGAUUCUUCUGGCAGCUGGGUGUGAACUGGAUAUUCAGGAUGAUGGUGACCAGACGGCGUUACACAGAGCGACUGUGGUGGGAAACGCUGAUGUUAUUUCAGCUCUAAUUCAGGAAGGAUGUGCACUAGAUAGACAAGACAAGGAUGGGAACACGGCGUUACAUGAGGCUGCGUGGCACGGCUUCAGUCAGUCUGUCAAACUGCUGGUGAAGGCCGGAGCCAACGUUCACGCUAAAAACAAGGCAGGAAACACGGCUCUUCAUCUGGCGUGUCAGAACGGUCAUGCUCAAAGCUCCAAAGUCCUGCUGCUGGGCGGCUCUCGUCCCGACAGUAAGAACAGCGUAGGUGACACGUGUCUGCAUGUGUCUGCUCGAUAUAACCAUGUAAGUGUGAUCCGAGCGCUCCUGAGUGCCAUCUGCUCAGUGACUGAAAGAAAUCAUGCAGGAGACACAGCUUUACAUAUCGCAGCUGCUCUGAAUCACAGGAAGACUGUGCUCAUGUUACUGGAGGCUGGGGCCGACAGCCGCAUCAACAACAACACGGGAGAGACGGCCCUCGAUCAGGCUCGUGAAAAUGAUAAUCCUGAAGUGGUGCUGCUGCUCACCAAAGCUCCACAGAGCUUCACUCGAGGACGCACUGUGAGGAAGAGGAGGGACAAGAUGAAGACUGAGGGUCGAGCGCAGUCAGUCCCACGUGAGGAGAUGCUGCCGAGAAAGGACAGUGUAUCUCCUGCGAAUGACACGCAUGGCAGUGACGGUUCUCUCCGCCGGAAUGACACAGAGGCACGUGCAAACAGAAACAGUGAGAAGAAAGUCAAAGAGAGGCUGUCGCCAUCAGAUGCCCUCAUUCGAAGACAAAAUAAACACAGUGAUCAGAAGAAGAAGAGUAAAACGGAGAGUUCAUCAGCUCUUCCUCUUCUUCCUCCUCCUCCUCAUAACUACAAAGCGUUCCAGCUCUAUACUCUCUACAGAGGCAAAGACGGCAAGAUCAUGCAGGCCCCAUUGAAUGGCUGCAGAUGUGAACCUCUCAUUAACAAACUGGAGAAUCAGCUCGUGGCCACUAAAGAGGAGAUGCAGUCAGAGAUUCACACUGUACAGGAGCUCAUGAACCGCAAGAUGGGCCAAAUGGAGCGCAAGAACAAACAUCAGAUCAGAGCUCUAGAUAAGAUCACUUUAGAGAGAGUGUCUGCUGAGAGGAUUGAGUGUUUACAUCGCAUCGACAAGCGAGCCAUACAAGAACGCUUGGAAGGAGAAAAAAGACAGGUGUCAGUGGUCAACGAUCUCAAGAACUGGUGCCUUUCGAAGAUCCAAAGUUUGGAAACGCGUCACUCUGGCGAUCGCUGCAACACUAAGUUAAGGCGCUCCUCGUCCCUCACCGACACGCUUUCAGAUUGUAAACCCCGUUCCCACACAGCUGUACCGGACACAUCUGGUGCCGAAGCCUGCUCCUCUCCAUCAACAAACCAACCAGAGGCCAAAGAUGGACGAGAGGCUGUAGCAGCGAGCACGAUGGCCCUUAUGACUGGUUUUGUGGUCCAGGGUCACAUAUAUGUUAUCUGUUCUGUCUUUUCAGAUAAGCAGUCAGCACAGAAUCAAUCUGCACCCCAGUCUCCUUGUAUAGUCCGACCUAAGCAACGAUCCCGGGCCUGUAGUGACCCUCACCGAGCGCAAGAUGAGCCUCUGGAGCCGAGACCUGUCCCCGAUCAGUGCUGCGAGCACAGGAACCUCAAAAGACGCACCCAACAAAGAGCAAAGACCAAACACAACGCUCAAACUAUGACGAGUUUGACGCACACCGCCGAGGCUUCCUUCGCCCAGAAGCGGGAAAACAUGCACACGCUGGAGGUUACGCAGUACUUUUUCGAGGCAGUGACUCUGCAGAUGGAGCGCUGGUAUGAACGCAAGAUUGAAGAAGCACGCUGGCAGGCCAACCAGAGAGCCCAGGCCGACAGAGCCGCUCUGCUGGACAGAAUAAGCUACCUUGAGGAUGAACUCCGACUGCUGAGGACUAACAAGCAGGAGCAGAGCUAGUACAGAAGAUAACACUGGUGUAGCAGACACUGUAACGUCCGGAUGGAUGAGUGAAGGUCAAUAGAGCAGCUAACACAUGAAGAUAACACUGCAGCAGCAAGCGUCAGGAGAAGUAGCACCUAAACAGAUUUAGAGCCGAAACAUUCUCUUUGCAAGUACUUUAACCCAAACACUUCAAGCUACACAAGUUUGAUUUCCUUUGCCAUCACACAAUUCAUAAUGGAGGGCAGUCGCAUUCUUAGCACUGUUAGCAGAAACUGUCUGCUGAGGCUUGUUGCCGCCAGAGUAACACAAGAAUGCACUUUAUGUACAUGCUGUCAGAGCCCUGUUCAAGAAUUUGUGUGUGCGUUUGCGUGCUUACGUUGGUUACUUACUGUCACUGCCAAAUAUCUGUUCAAGCUUCUCUUUGAUAAUGCACUACAAAGCUAAGUCUGUUUUAUUGUAAAAGGACAAAAACUUGACUGUAUCAUUUAAAUGUGCAUUCUUAAUUAAGUAUAAGGCAUGAACACAUUUAUUCCAGUACUAGUACUCAAAUUUGCUGAAAGUGUCUAAAUUUUGCCACUACUUUGGAGGUUUGCCAGAUCAUAUAAAACCAGUGAAGACUGACAAAUAAAAGUAACAAAAUCCAUGAUAUAAGCAAGUAUUAUGUCUUUGUAUAUGGUCUUUAUUGCACAAAAUGAAAUGUCUUAACCUGUGAUGUUUCAUUGAGGAUUUUGAUGUAGUUUGUAGGGAACGUAUAAGAACACACGAUGAAAUAAGUGUUUGUAACAGAUUUGCAUGUGUGAAUGUUUCAUUAGGUAGGCAAGUCAUCUAAUUUAACAGUUUUUAAUAAUUACUUUAAAAACAUUCAGAAUGCAUGGGCAGCAAAAAACUCGGUCCCUUUCUAUGUUUUGAGGCUGGUGUUGUGUAGAGGUUAAAAUCACUGAACUCUAGCUGUGAUCUGGUAUGAAAGGCCCACUUUUCACCAUCCAAUCAAACACGAAUGUCAUUUUAUGUUAAUUUUUAAAGGGGUCAUAU